AUGUACGUUUUCCUCUUCACAUUCAUAUUUAGCGACCCACCGACGAUGGAGAUUGUCAAGCAAAUAAACGAGACAAAACACUUUAUAAUCGAACAAAUAGACGAGGGAGUUGCACUCUGUAACGACGAUGUUCACGGAUUUUUAAAGGGUAGUAUAAAGAUGACGAUAAUAACCUGUAUGAGGUGGAUAUACUGGUGGAAUUAG